AGACAAAAAUGUUGUUAGAAUUUUGCUGAAUCAGUAGUGUUUACAUAUCAACAUGUGCAACAGGUCGUCAGCGGGUGUUAGUAUAACUUUUAAAAUUGUUCAACUUAUGGCAUGUGUAACAGCAUUGAUCUAUAAGAAGGUCACCGAUAAUCAAGCAAACAUGACCUUUAGGAGAAACCAAAAAAUCUCCAAUGAAUGGACUCUGCUGCAGAAUGUUAACUGGUCACAAGAGGGCAAUGAUUUCAGUGUUUUCACCUAUGCCGGCUACACAUUCAUCAUAGCCGUAUGUUUGAUGGAGAGAAUGAUAAACUUUAGGAAACUGCCCACUACCACAGAUACGUUGUUUUUGCGUUUUGGUGUAAUUAUUUUUUGCCUUCAAGCGAUUUUGGUUUUCUAUACUUUUGAAUAUGUUCAUGAGAAUUUACGGCUCAAUGCCUUGGUAUUGGGAGGUCUUACAUUUGUGGUGGCUUUGCUGUUCUUUCUCGAGGAUUGCUGUACUGCCAAGGAUUAUGAGAGAGAUAAUAAAUUCAUACAAACCGAAGCUAUAGUAGAAGCCAAUUUCAUCCAUACCCAUUAAAAUAUCCGAAGACGAUGAUGUACUGCACACUUAUGUUUAAAGCUAGAGGGCAAUAAAAUAAGAUUUUUUAAAAAUAAAAUGAAAUGCUAGAUGCAUUUAAAAACAAAA